UUUGUCGUUUUUUUGUCGCUACAGUCUCCCCAGUUAAAUAAACCGCAGAUAUGUCUGUGUUUUGUGAGGUCCCACAAGCAGCCCCUGUAGCUGUUUUUAAACUGUCGCAGGAUUUCAAUAACGACCAAUUCCCCAACAAGGUGAACCUCGGAGUUGGAGCCUACCGGACAGAUGAGGGCCAGCCGUGGGUUUUGCCAGUGGUGAAAAAGGUUGAAAAGAUCAUUGUGCACGAUGACAGGCUAAACCACGAGUACCUGCCCAUCCUUGGUCUGCCUGAGUUCAGAUCCUCUGCCUCUAAGAUCGUCCUGGGAGAUGACAGUCCUGCCAUCCAGGAGAACAGGGUGGGGGCUGUCCAGUGCCUGGGGGGUACAGGUGCUUUGAAGAUGGGCGCGGAAUUUCUCAGGCGUUUCUACAAUGGAAACAACAACACCAAGACACCCGUCUAUGUGUCCGCACCUACCUGGGAAAAUCACAAUGCUGUAUUCGCCAAUGCUGGCUUUGACGAUGUCCGUCCAUAUAAGUACUGGGACGGAGAGAAGAAGGGCCUGGAUUUGCCUGGUUUCCUUGGAGACCUGGAGAGUUGUCCAGAACAUUCUAUCUUUGUCCUGCAUGCCUGUGCGCAUAAUCCAACUGGCACAGACCCCACACAGGAGCAGUGGCAGCAGAUCGCAGACGUUAUGAUGAGGAGGCAGCUGUUUGUGUUCUUCGACUCAGCUUAUCAGGGAUUCGCCUCAGGCAGUCUGGAUAAAGAUGCCUGGGCGGUCCGCUACUUUGUCUCCAUGGGCUUUGAAAUGUUCUGCGCCCAGUCGUUCUCCAAGAACUUUGGCCUCUACAAUGAGCGUGUGGGCAACCUGACCAUUGUGGCUCGUGAUGCAGACAACCUGAAGCGAGUUCUGUCCCAGAUGGAGAAGAUUGUCAGGACCACUUGGUCAAACCCACCGUCUCAGGGCGCUCGCAUUGUUGCCAACACCCUUAACUCACCUGAGCUCUUUACUGAAUGGAAGGACAAUGUGAAGACCAUGGCUAACAGGGUGCUGCUGAUGAGGGCUCAGCUGAAAGCUAAGCUCCAAGCUCUGGGGACACCAGGCACCUGGGACCACAUCACAGAGCAGAUCGGCAUGUUCAGCUUCACAGGCCUCAACUCUAAACAAGUGGAGUAUAUGGUGAAGGAGAGACACAUCUACUUAAUGGCCAGUGGUCGCAUCAACAUGUGCGGUCUGACCACCAAGAACAUAGACUACGUGGCUGAGUCCAUCCAUGAGACUGUCACCAUGGUCCAGUAGAAGACUACACUACCCACAAUUCUCAGUUCUUCCUCCUGCCUGGCCCUGAGUCACCUCAUUCCAGAAGUGUUUGUAUCUAGCAGAUUUCCUGGGGCAAACAGAAACUCUCAUCUGCACAAAUAUACACACAGCCUCGGCUCACUGGCCCCCGUUUCCCCUCCCUUUCAGUGUUUGUGCUAAGCUAUGCUAAACACAACCUGGACCUAUUUCUAACUGAACGCACAAAUGGGAAUUAUUCCUUUUAAUUAUGUUAAUACUUUGUCGUGUUGGUCUCCCGCUUAUAGUGUUUUCUUAGUGUGACGUCACAGAUUUUGUACAUGUAGUGUACUAUUAGUGUAUGCGUCAUUACCAGGACCCUCGAGAGGGUUAGUACAUCUGUGACUGUGUUACAAUUAUCUCAGCAGUACUGACUCAACUGUCUAAAAAUGUUUUAAUGUCAUACUGUUAUGAUUCAUCCAUUCCAAGUGUUAAUAACACAUUUCCAAUUCCAAUUCCAAACCUGCAAUAAUUAGCAUGUAUAAUUCAGGGUUAAGAGCAGCGACCACACUGACUUAAUGUAGCUUUAAUGGGUCAGUAUUUACCUCUAUCAUGAGUGAUUGCAGUAUUACGUUUACUGCUGGGUGCAAUAUGAACAAGAGAUGAGUAUUCUCAGGAAGAUAUUUAAACUUGAACGAUGUAAUUUAUUAAUAAAACUGUCUUCUGCCCAAAGGGGUUGCACUAAUUACCUCACUUUAAUCCGUAUUUAUGUAGUUUAUGGUCGGUAAGCACAAAUGGCACUGAUCAGGUGUCGAGAGUAAUCCCUGUUUUGGGCUCACAGCUGAAUGUUGAGAUGUUUCUGGUUCUGUCGGGCACCUGCCGAGUGAAUGUUGAGUUUGGACAGCGAUUGCCUGUUCGUAGCACUAGUGCACUAUUAUGUAAGACCCUCAUGUCAGUGGCACAAACACACUAAUGAUCAACCAGUUUGCUCUCGUCUCACUGUGCACAGUACACCAAUAAAGCAUAAAGUCGUACUGUUGAGCAAACGAAGCUGAAAAUCUCCUCACUGGACCUUCUUAUGAGAUGAAUGAACAACUCUA